GGCGUCAAUUUCAGUUUUCUCACUUUGUUUUAAAAAAUAGUUAGAGGAGUAACAACAAAUAGGAUUCCCCCAAUCGAUCAUAUUUAAGUUUUGUGAUAGCCACAAAGCUGUAAAGCAGACUUCUUAAAACAAGAAAACUUGGAAUAGCAAAUUCGAACAAUUCUUUCUUGUCUAUUUACGAAGCAAGACUAGUUCGUUUGUUGAACAUCUUAUCUGAUAAAUUGCUGAUCGACUGAUAUUGUGAGAAUCUUAAUUGGGGAGAAAACUAGAUUCAACUGUCUUUUAGAGAUGCUGUGAUAAACUGUUUAUACGUAAAAAACCGGGCCACAACAGAAAAUGUGACCAUUAGUUGUUCUCCAUUUAAACUCAUCUACAAAGAUACUUACAAACUUUAGAGAUAAACUUCCAAUUCUAUUAUCAGUUAGGAGCAACCCUUGAACUUGAUUGCAUUGAAAGUCUUUUGAACUCACCAUCAAAGUAAAGCUGAUUUUGAGAGUCAAGACGAGACUUAAAGCCCAGUCUCCCCAUUGCGCAGCGGGCUUCUCUUCUUUCUCUGCGGCAUAGGAACAACAAAACCUUGAGUGCGAUCAGAUGGAUCUACUGUUUAUGAAGCCUGAUGAAGUCUACAAACACAUUCAUCCCUAUCAACGUUUCUGAUUCCAGAGCAACGGAAGACAUUCGGCGCGGACAGAAUGCAAAGAGAACAGCUCCAUCCAACUCGACGAAUAUUUUGUCCAGCUUACCCUCCACUAGAAAACGAGUUCCUUGUUCUUUAUGUUUUUAGAAGCCACUUUUACUUUUUCAGACUAGAGUUUUUUCUGGAAGCUUCUCUUCUUGACAAGUAUCUCUUGGAUCCUCGAAAAAGUGUUUUUCCAUAUAGUAAGAAGCUCGUAGAAAGAAACUUGGUUUUCAACGAAGGACAACCAAUAUUCAGUUAAGAGAUAAACUUGCGACAAAUAUUAUAACAGCAAUGGUACUAUUGUUGUUUGUUCUAGUAAUUCAACUUGCUACGAAGAAGCUAUAAUGAUGUGUGAGAGGCAAACUUUAAUCGCUUCAUCUUUUCUCAAUAAGAUACACGAAAUUACGGCGAACCAGGGCAAAGAAUAUAUUCGUUUACUUUUGGUAUUUUAUAGUGCUGUGAAAUACUAAGAGAAGUUUCGCCAAUAGUGAUGGACGCGAGACGCCCAGGUUGGUGUGAAAAAAGUGGUUUUUAGUUACACCAGUAUACGUCUCGUACAAUACAACAUAGUUGCCAACUUCUUUUUUCGUCUGCAUUCCUGUCUUACGUAACAUAGGAAAUGGAUUGAAAUUCUCUGCAGUAGUUAGUGCAAUAUUUAAUAGUACUAACGCUCCUGAUAGUUUUUCCGAGGAAUCAUAGCAUGUCUCGAACUGUUUCUUCUAGCACUGUUUCAGUGACAACGACCUGUACCCGAAAUCAACCUUCAAGGUUUUCACUGCAGCGCUGUAACAGCAAGCUAUCAGUAUCAAGUAGUUACAAAGCCUGAAAUAAAAUGCUUGUUUCUUGG